CGUGCGGGUCACCAUGUGAAGUGAAGUCGUUCGAGUCAAUUUCGAAAUCAUUCGUUAGUCUUAGGCCUAAACAAGCGGACACGCGCGCGCGCCUCUCUCGAUCCAAGCCCACGCAAAGUUGACAGAAAUUGCGGAAAUUCGUGUUCGCAAAUGGAGCCAAGGCGGGCCACCGAGUGCUAAGAGUUUUCCAGUGAACUGAACCACUUUGAAAGAAAAGUUUGAACAGCAAAAUUGAAUUAAUGUUCGCUUAUCUUGUGUGAUCGUUUCGACCAAACUGUUCGUGAAGAAAGCAGAGUUAGCCAAAUAGAGCUCGCUUAGCCAAACUUCUUCUGAGUGCAACGCGUGUUCCAUACAAUACAACAAGCUGGGUAGUCCAUUCCUGCACGCUACACCCGCGGGUGGCAGUUGCAGCAGCAACAACCCAUCGCCCACACCGGCAUCGGCAGCCAAGCAACUAGCCCAAACCUUCCAGCUAUCGGCCAAUUCGGCCUUCAAUCUAGCCCUGCCGCCCAGCUUCUAUCAUCGCCUGCCCACAGACGUGCCCGCUCCGAAUCCGGUCAACGCAGCGGAGUGCGUGCCCUCGCUCGACUACGUACACUCCUCGGCCAGCACCGAUCCCGACAUGGAUCUAAUAAAUCCCUACAUGCGCCAUCACAGCUUCGCCGCUGCCUCCCAGAGCAGCCCGCCGUCGGCGGCGCAGCGCCAUCACCUGGCCGCAGCGGCUGCCGCGGGACUGAGCAAUGGAUUCGCCGAUGUUCAUGCACAUGCGAUGGCCGCGGCGGACUACCAGCAGCAGCUGGCCGAUUACCACAGUGCGGCGGCAGCGGCGGCUGCCUAUGCCAGCAGCAACAACAAUAAUAACAACAACAGCCCACUGAUGCUGCUGAAGGCGGCGCACGGCGGCGGAGUCGGUGCGCGGCUAACGGAGGCCAAGUCUUCAGCAGAGGAUUCGCCCUCGACAACGCCGCCGCCAGCCUCCUCGCGUCUGCACUCGGAGUCGUCGCCCUCGCCGCGGUACGAGCACAACUCCAGUCCCGGCGUCGACAGUGCCAAGUCCUUUGCAUUGAGCCAGCGCAGCAGCGGCGGCGAGGAGCAUUGCCAGAACAGUGGGUCCAGCCCGCCGCCAUCUGACUACAGUCCGGAGAACUUGACCAGUCGCAAGUAUCAGCAUCCAAGCAGUGGCCUCAAUCCGCUCAGCCUGCACAAUAACAACAACAACAGCGGCAGCCAUCCCAACAAUAAUAACCACAACAGCAACCACAAUAACAACAACAACAUGGAGCACAAGCUGCCAUUAAGUUUCUUGGGUCCGCCGCUGGCGGCGCUGCAUUCCAUGACCACAGAAAUGAAGACUGCACAAGGCGUCGGCUCUGGCGCCGGCAGCGGCAUCGGCUCCGCUGGCAAUGGCCUGGUCUAUGGACACAGUCCCAACUCGCACCUGAUCAGUGAGCGGGUGACGGGCUCGUCCAGCUCGAGCAGCUCGACGACAACAAAUACUCAGGGCGCCGCCAACCCACAUGGCAUCGAUACGAUACUAUCGAAGCCGCCGCCCGUUACAUCGGCGGGUCUAAGUGCUUUAACGGGAGCUGGCAUUCCACGUUUCUCCAUAGCCGCUGCUGCGGCGGGCAUGGCCCAAUAUCUGUCGCAGAGCCAGGGAGCGCCACUGAAGACGCACGCCGGGCACAUUGUGGAUCGCACGCAUCUGUACUGGCCGGGACUGCAGGGUCUGGUGGCCAAUCCGAUAGCGUGGCGAGAGCGUCUAUCGAAUACAAUGUCUGCAAAUUUGUCACAGUCCCAUCAGCACCAUCCAUCCAACGACAAGGAUGGCAAGAAGAAACACACCCGCCCAACAUUCAGUGGUCAGCAGAUAUUCGCGCUGGAGAAGACGUUCGAGCAGACGAAGUAUCUGGCUGGGCCGGAGCGCGCCAAGCUCGCAUAUGCCUUAGGAAUGUCCGAGUCGCAAGUUAAGGUUUGGUUUCAGAAUCGUCGCACCAAAUGGCGCAAGCGUCAUGCGGCGGAAAUGGCAACGGCCAAGCGGAAACAGGACGACAUGGGUGGCGACAACGACGGCGACUGCAGCGAGACCAUGGACAGCGACAACGAGAGCCUGGACAUGGGCGAGGCACCCGCCCAGAGCAAGAGGAGUCGCAGCAGCGGCCCGGGCUCCCAGCAGCAGCAGCACCCACAGGAUAAUUAUCGUCAUUAAAACGAAUUUACCAAAAUGGCAACAAGCAUAAAUAAAUAAAUAAAUGCAAGAAAACGUAAAACAUAAAGCAAACAACAAUUACAACAGCAACAACAAAUGAGAGAGCUAAUAAACUCGAAAACAGCGAAAGGUUCGCAACAUUUGUCGAGCGUUUCCUCCUCUUCUUAUUAGCUAGUUACAACAACAACAACCACAUUUAUAAAGAAGGUUCUGCCACUUUACAGUCUUCUGAAGACGUCAGUUUUAAGGCUACGCAAGUUGAUUUCUUCCUCGAUUUCGCCCUCUUGUUUCACAUAUACAAAUGUGUGUGUAAAUAUUUAUGUUAAUUCUCCAAGUGCAUAGAUAU